CCCGGGAUAAAUAGUGCGGCCGCGACGGCGGCGCAGCAGUCCGGCCAGCCCCGCGCGCCCUGCGGCCCUCCCCAGCGCCGCGCCCUCUGCGAGCACAGGCGCUGGGCUCCGCAGCCGCCCCCCGUCGCCGGCUCCGGCGCCCGAGCACCCGCCCCGGGCGGCACUUCCCCGAGGCCGCCCAGCCGGUCCAGUCCGUCAGUCCGUCGAGUCCGUCGCGUCUUCCCCGGUGCCAUGCCAUUCCUCGGGCAGGACUGGCGGUCCCCCGGGCAGAGCUGGGUGAAGACGGCCGACGGCUGGAAGCGCUUCCUGGAUGAGAAGAGCGGCAGCUUCGUGAGCGACCUCAGCAGUUACUGCAACAAGGAAGUCUACAACAAGGAGAAUCUUUUCAACAGCCUGAACUAUGAUGUUGCAGCCAAGAAGAGAAAGAAGGACAUGCUGAAUAGCAAAACCAAAACUCAGUAUUUCCACCAAGAAAAAUGGAUCUAUGUUCACAAAGGAAGUACUAAAGAGCGCCAUGGAUACUGCACUUUGGGGGAAGCUUUCAACAGGCUGGACUUCUCAACUGCUAUUCUGGAUUCCAGAAGAUUUAACUACGUCGUACGGCUGUUGGAACUGAUAGCAAAGUCACAGCUCACGUCCCUGAGUGGCAUCGCCCAAAAGAACUUCAUGAACAUUUUGGAGAAAGUGGUACUGAAAGUCCUUGAAGACCAGCAGAACAUCAGGCUAAUCAGGGAACUGCUGCAGACUCUCUACACGUCCUUAUGCACACUGGUGCAAAGAGUCGGCAAGUCGGUGCUGGUCGGGAACAUCAACAUGUGGGUGUACCGAAUGGAGACGAUUCUACACUGGCAACAGCAGCUGAACAAUAUCCAAAUUACCAGGCCUGCCUCCAAAGGCCUCACCUUCACCGACCUGCCUUUGUGCCUCCAACUGAACAUCAUGCAAAGGCUGAGUGACGGGCGUGACCUGGUCAGCCUCGGCCAGGUGGCCCCCGACCUGCACGUGCUCAGCGAGGACCGGCUGCUUUGGAAGAAGCUCUGCCAAUACCAUUUCUCCGAGCGGCAGAUCCGCAAGCGAUUAAUUUUGUCCGACAAAGGACAGCUGGAUUGGAAGAAGAUGUAUUUUAAACUUGUGCGAUGUUACCCACGGAAAGAGCAGUACGGAGACACCCUUCAGCUUUGCAGACACUGUCACAUUCUUUCCUGGAAGGGCACUGACCACCCGUGCACAGCCAAUAACCCAGAGGGCUGCUCCGUUUCCCUUUCACCCCAGGACUUUAUCAACUUGUUCAAGUUCUGAAUCCCAGCACAGGACAACACUUCUGAAGGGCUCCCCAGCUGAUCAGACGGCUGGGAAUACAGAGCUUGGACAGUUCAUUUGUAAAUAGUGUACAUUUGAAACGUUGGCUCAAAAUUUCUGAGCUAAGUCACUGAGGGGACAUUGGAAGGGGAGAUGCAGGUGCCGGCAGGGAGCUGAAGAAUACGGACUUCUCAUUAGAACUGGUAUGGAAAAACGGAAAUACUGUAAAUAAACUUUUUUCUAACUAUUUGCCGGCAAGACUGUAAGGGCAGGAAUUCAGUUUCAUCGGUGAAAAUGGAAUUCUCCUCAUGUUCACUGAGACUCCUUGGUAGUUCCCUAGGGAUGUGGAAGAAAAGGGCAGAAGUCGAAUACAAGAUAGAACACUCUGUUUACAAUGUGGAAAUUUGCUUAAAGAAAGAGAAGACGACAACAUAAUGCGAAAUCCCUGCGCUUUGGUUUUGAUUGGGGGGAGGGGGGGUUGUUUUAAAAAGGCAAAGGAAGCACCACCCUUCUUAAACCCACGAGGGCAUAGGGCCUUAUCUUGCAAAUAUAUCACACAAUAGUCUACCUCGGAAAGUAUGCAGUGCUCCCUCCGCCAAAGUGCAUUGUCCAGUAGGCAGUGUCUGUUUUUCUUGGUUUUUCGUCACAUGAAAGUGGUUUCAAUAGGAAGGGAUCCUGGAGGCAAUCCUCAUCAUGUUGCAGACUUCCUUUUUAGAUGAAUAGGCACUCUUCGGAGUGGCCUCUUUUCUAGAAUAACUCCACAGCACAUAUGCCUUUUUUUUCCCCUUUCAUGUUAUAGCUGUGAUAUAGCUCAUCUGGGGCAACGUAAGGCCUAUUAAAAACAGUCCCAGAGGAAGUCCUACCACAGAAAAGAUGGAAUGAGUCACCCAAAAGCUGUGAAGACUUUCUUAUUCCUGUUUAACUUCUCGGCUUGUCUGGGCUUCCCAGAAUAUCUUCACAGAUAAGCGUAAUCUGUGGACUGGUCGAAGCCAGAGUGCUGAUAAAGUCUUGUAAAACAGGUUUUACGUAUCAGUUAAACGUUUUACUAGGGGCUGUCCCUCAUGGCAGGUGAUGGGCUGAGGAGCUUUCUUUUCUUUAUGUCCAACAUCAAAAUUUACUCAGCCUAAGCGAGGAUUUCUUGCGAGGAUGACGAGAUAAAGCCUGGAGUUCCAAUCACAUAGGGAACAGAAGUACUGUGAGUUCAUCCCUAAACUUGCUCCAUACCCCUGGGGAUCUUGCUAGGCAAAUAUCACAGGUAACUGUGUGGAAGAAAGGAAAUCUCAGGACUUAAUGAGGUCAUUGUCAAAUAUUCCUGGGAUGGGGUAGGGGAUGUUUUUGUUUUUUACUUUUUAUAGAACUUUGCUUUUCUACAACAAUGUACAUAUUUUGGCAGUUGUAUUUGCUUUGUGCUUUUUUUCUUCUUUUGCAAAUAAAGUUGCCACCCUGCCAUGCCCUUGGCAAAUAAGUGAAGCAGAAAUAGGAACUUGCUCACAUUCACAGUGGAGAACAGUGUAUCCUUAGGGGUUGAACCUUGGGGUGACCUGUGGAGGGGAAAGGUGGGUAAGCAUGUACAGAAACAAGGCCAGGUGCCAGCCAGUGAUGCAGAGCCCCUUCCUGCCCUCCCCUCAGUGCACAGCCCCCCCGUAUCAGCAUGCUGAAGAGAAGUCAACUCUCCAUCAACCCUCCUCACUGGGCCUACGCACCAGGGUGUCUCCAUGUUUAUUUUCACUACCCCCACGCCCAUCAGAAGAAAAAGCAAAUUGCAUUUAAAUUCUCCCCACUGAGAAGAAUUAAACAUUAAAGAAUAAGAUCUUGUUGGGUAAGGUUGAGCUUCCGGAGCCCCUGUAAUACCAAAUGGGUUUUUUUGCUCUCCGCUCCCCCCUGAGUCAAAGUCACACUGAGGAAUGCAGGACCUAGAUGGUGGAAUAAAAAACAAGCGCUUCCAGAAUUCAGACAACUUCUCUUAAAUGUCUCCGCUUCCUGAAAGAUGUGGGGCGGAGCUGGGUUGAUUGUUACUCUUGAGAUCUCUGGAACCUUUGACUCUGACGUUUUUAGGUGUAGGUGUUCGUGGCCUUCCACAUCUGUCCAUCAACUCGUGACCUCUGCCUCUUCAUGCCGAUCAGGAAGGUGGGAACUCCCAGGCACCCUCGGGUGUGCAGUCCCAGAAAUGUUGCCUGCUUUAGGUCAUCAGCACAAAGUUGGCAAACCAGUCUCCUUUGGACUAUCCACAGUGCCUGCGACUGCCUAUCAGACCCCAGGCAGCGAGGCGCAUCUGUGCAAGAUGACUCCUACCACAAGUGGUAGGGUGAUGGUUUUCUGAGUUGUUUCCCUUGAUGGUGCCUCUGGGCUCUCCCCAUCUCUGUUGGCAUUUUUGGAGGUGAUGUGGUGACAGAGUCGAGGAAAAUUUUUGAGGAAAAUUUUUAAGGAAAAAGAAGAAACCAACAUUUGUGGUUCUCUUUCAUUGGAAGAGGAGACAAAGAAAGGAAAUGGCAGGUGGAGAGGGAUGGGGGAAGAAAUAGAAAUGGCCUAUCUUUGAUGCUGUGGUUUGUGUGAAGGCAAUGGAGAAGAACAUGGCGGGUGAGAGCAUCUGUGUUGGUGCCACGUGGCAGCUAUUAAGCAUGGCCAGAGCCUCACAUAUAAGUAAAGCCAGUGAAAAAGAAAAUUCUCGUUCCCUGGGUACUAAUCGUCUUUAGAAUUUCUAUUGGCAAACCCUCUAGGGACAGCCUAACCUAAAAAACAAAAACAAAGGAUCCCUGUCUCAAAACUGCUGGUCUAAAAGCCAGGGAGACAGGACAAUGGAAAGUGCUGGAAGAGAUAAAAGGCUCCCCUCUCAUUGCUGUACCUACCUAACCACCCCUGCCCCCGUAACAUAGAAUUUAACGCCCUGUCAACUAGGAAGUAAUUUGGACUUCCAGAGAAGGAAGGAGGGCGCCCAGGGCAGUGUGAGUGAGCACAAGUCCACAGGGAUGUUAGGUAUGAUCUGGUCCAACGUAAAGGUGUAUGAGCAACGAGCCCGGAGUCUCUUGAGAGUAAGGCACAACAUUUGGGGAAAGACUAUGUGAGUGCUUACCUCACAGCAAGAUCCAGAGGAAAGUCCAAUGACAUCUUCAAGUAGAGGGCAUGAUUACUUGAUGCUAUUACUUUGAGUAGAUGGAUCAGUAGCAUCGGAGGGCGACUGGCAAAACCACAAAAAACAUCCCCAGGGUGUCAGCCGUGAGAUGACAUUUGUUUAGUGAUGAUCAAUUUUAUACUGAAGUGGCCUAGAGGAGAUAAUUGGAGGUGGGCUGGGUUGAUACUGCAAAACACUCAAUACAACAGUGGGCUUUACUGGGUGAUGGUGAAGGAAGGUCACAAGCAGGUAUGGUGUUAUUGUCAUGAUUCUCUGUGGAUUCGAAAAGUGUUUUUCAUGAGGAGCUUACAAUUUAACACAGGCUCCUUUUUUCUGUUGUUUCUAUGUGGGAGAAGAGAGGGAGCUUAGAAUUUCAUUUGUCUAAGCAAGUGGUGUGAUUUGCAAGGUCAAUCAUUUCAAGAUAUGUUCAACUGUAUAUCGUUUGUAGCAUUGAAUACAAUGUUUAUCAUAAAAUACGCACCUGCGUUUAUAGUUUUCUGCCAGGCUAUAGGGCAAUAAUGUUUUGCUAUGCACUCUAUUUUAUGUGUGUGAAUUUUUUUAACUGUAAUUUUAUGUGUGAAUUUUUUUUUAACUAAACUAUAUCAACAUUUUCUAUGUGGACAUCUGGGUGUUUUUUGUUGUUUUUUUUUUUUUUUUUUUUUAAUCUAUUUCCAACUAUCUGAGUCUGUGAACCAUCCUUCUGACUGGAUCCUGGCCUAAAAUCCUAUUAGUGUUUAAACAGACUUCAGAAACACCCCGAACCUCUAGACAAAUGCAAAGACAUGGCUCUUUGAUAUAUCUUGGGCUCUGAUGUCUUCAGUAAACAAGAUCAUAAUUCCUUUAAACUCCACAUUUUCUUUAGAUGCUUUCUUCUCUGUUUGUUAAAGAGAGUGAACCCUCGUGGUUUCCCGAAGGAAGGAAACUCCCAUCCCAGACUUUGGUGCUGGAAGGGAAGUUGAAUAUGGUGGGGUCUGGCAUUCCUUCUGCCUUUCAACAUGAGGUGGGGGGUCCAGAAUAUUCAGGGGACAUGUCUGAGCCCAUCUGGUCCUCAGUGGUAGACCUGAGUAUGAACCCGGGACUUUCUGAGGCCUUGACUCUGUGCCCCCUACCCAGCAUCUGUCCGUAUUGUCUGGAGACACGUGACACCUGACCCGACCGUUCUCAACACCUUCACUGUGGAAGGCAAGCAUGAAGGUCCAGUGUUAGGCAUCCAGGCAUUAUCAUUUCCAAAUAUUUUAAGUCCCCGGUUCUCCGGAGAAGUUAACAUUUCUCCCCGGAGCCACUUAACAUUUUUACGAACCUCUGACCCUGUUGUGAGAGUAUAGCAUUCUAUGAGUACAACCUGCUCACCAGAGAGCAAGCAGCGCAUUUUGACAAACUCACUUUUCCCUCAGUACUUAAAUUUUAAUUACAAAAGUGGUCUAGAUAAUGGCUGAGCAGCCAGCUUGCUUUCUAGAAACCGAGGUUCUGAUGGUAACCAAGCAGGUAUUUCCUCUCAGAGGAAGAAGUACAUUUAAUCCAUACCCUUCAUCUCCCCACCCUCCAGCACCUGCCAUAAGGUCUGGUGAGUUUCUAUCCCGAAGGGGGCGGGGGGAGGUGGGGGGAGAGAAUCCUCCCACUCUCUGCUAAACGUCAUCUUCACUAAGCAAAGAUGGAUUAUUUUAUAAUAAUAUAAAUAUAGGCAGCAAGGAGCAAGGGACCACAGAUAUUUGUGACUUUGUCUGCUGGACAUUUUUCAAAGUGUCCCUGAACUCAGCAAACAGAGCUUCCUGAGAAAUCUCCCAAAAUUCAGGCCCUGCUCCAUUUGUCCAAAAAUGGAUGGCUGCUCCAAAUCUCUGAACUUCUUAAAACUCCAUCUGCUACAUUACUUCUGGAGUUUUUCUGUCUUUGAGUACAGCAAUGUUUGUUUAAUUAACGACGCACAAGUCUGUUAAACAGAAGGCUCCAAGGAUUGCUCUACGCUUGAGAGCUCUUGGCACCAUCUUUAUUCUACCAAGUGCCAAUAACCCUGGCUAGAGGGGGUGUAUAUUAAAGUCCAUGUCCUAAGUUUGGAAGCUUUACUCCUUUUAAUAAAAAAUGCUAUAGGGGAUUGAACAUGUAACUAAAAGUACAAGGUUAGUCUCAUUACAUGCAAAGAUGUUUAUUUAAUACUGUGUGAGCUAAGUCCUUCUGUAUAAAUUAUUUGCACACUUUCCUUGCAUGAUGAAUUGAUUUUUUAUAGUUGUUUGUACCAGACGGUGGCAUAUUUUUGUAAAAAUUUUUUGACACUGAAUUGCAAUAAAUGUUUUUCCAACAACAC